CCGGAACUGAUUGGUUGGCAUUGGCAACGUUUUAGCCAGCUCUAACGGCGUACCCAGUGUGUGAAUAAAGAAAUCGAAAGGAACGAUUAUACAAAGAAUUCAGCUGAGGACUUGAACCUUCGUAUCCUUCAAAUCUACUCACCACAGAGGAGCGAGGAGCGAGUACAGACUGCAAACAGAAUGACCAGCUCAUCAGCUCCCAGGAUGGUGAAUAGUUACAAGAGGACCUCAAGCCCCCGAUCCCCUACUAACAGUGGGGAGCUCUUUACUCCAGCACAUGAAGAAAAUGUGCGCUUUAUACAUGAUACCUGGCAGUGUGUGCUCAGAGACAUCAGAUCAACACAAAAUAGUGAACGUAAUGACCGUGGACCACAGGAGUAUGUGGAGAAGAACCCAAAUCCUAACCUCCAUUCUUUCACACCAGUGGACCUGAGUGACCUCAAAAAACGCAACACACAGGACUCUAAGAAGUCCUAGUCUUUCUCACAAUGAUCCUGUCGCUUAUUUCCUCCCGUUAUUCUCAAGAACUUUUUCCUCCAUCAGCCCUUUGUCAGCCAGAAAGUUAGCCCUGUUGGCCAGUCUAACGCAGAAUGCAAAUCUCAUUUCUAAACUCUGGACGGUUGCAACCCUCACCUUUAUUGUCCUCUACAACUGGCUAAGAAGAAAAGAACUGGGAUUUCAGGGAGCAAACACUCUCCCUUCUCUUGGUUCAUAUUUUUCCAAGUCACAAAAUCUUCAUAUGUUUAUUCUUUUUGUGGAUGGGACUGAUGCAAGCGUUGAUCUAAAUUUGCUGACAUCCAAUGCUGAGGUACAAACUGUUGCUCCACAGGACACAAAAGACUGCAGUCUUAAAUACAAUACUACUACCACUUAUAUGACUCUGGAGGAAAAUGUGAAAGGGCUGACUUCUAUUUUUUUCUUUUACUUUGUUUGUUUUGGAAGAUAGACUGAUAAAUUGUAGAAGUAAUUGGAACGGUCACAUUGGAUAUACACUUUAAGGGCAAGUUUUGGAAGCCAAAACACGGUGUAGAAGGCCAACGUUUUUAUUAUAUGUUUUCUUGCCCUUGGAUGGACUUUAUUAAGUAGAGGCCUCCCCAAGUACGCUGCCCUUGGUUAACCCCCUCCCCUAAGCCUUGAAACAAAAUGUUGAAUAAAAGACUUUUACAGUA